AUGAACGGGAAGAUGUUCAAAAGAAAACUUUCACAAAAUGGAUAAAUGCACAGUUUGCUAAGUUUGGAAGACGUUACAUUGAAGACCUUCUUGAUGAUUUUCGAGAUGGACGAAGACUUCUGGAGCUCCUGGAAUGCCUUACAGGCCAAAAAAUUGCAAAAGAAAAGGGCUCCACAAGAGUUCAUGCUCUGAACAACGUCAACAAAGCACUCCAGGUUUUGCAGAGAAAUAACGUUGAUUUGGUAAAUAUAGGGAGCUCAGACAUUGUGGAUGGAAAUCAUAAGCUGACCCUUGGUUUGAUCUGGAAUAUAAUCCUCCACUGGCAGGUCAAAGAUGUAAUGAAAAACAUCAUGGCUGGACUGCAGCAGACAAACAGUGAAAUGAUUCUGCUGAGCUGGGUCCGCCAAUCGACUCGCAAUUACCCACAGGUCAACGUUAUCAAUUUCACCACUAGCUGGUCUGAUGGAUUGGCUUUCAAUGCACUCCUCCACAGCCACAGACCAGACCUGUUUGAUUGGAAUGCUGUUGCUUCUCAGCCGUCACCUGUACAACGAUUAGAACAUGCAUUCAACAUAGCCCGGCAGCACCUGGGCAUAGAGAAACUCCUUGAUCCUGAAGAUGUUGCAACUGCCUGUCCAGAUAAGAAGUCCAUCUUAAUGUAUGUGACUUCACUAUUCCAAGUUCUGCCCCAGAAGGUCACCAUGGAAGCCAUCAGGGAGGUGGAGAUGCUGCCACGACACACAAGAGUCACUAGAGAAGAGCACAUAGAAGUACAUGAACAGCAUUUUUCACAAGAAUUUUCAGAAACUGUUGAACGAAAGACAUUUAGCACCACGCGGAUGGGAUCUGAAAUGGAUCUUGAAAACUACCAAACUGCUUUAGAAGAAGUACUCACGUGGCUUCUCUCUGCUGAAGAUGCAUUACAAGCACAAGGAGAUAUAUCCAAUGAUGUAGAAGUUGUUAAAGAACAGUUUCACACACAUGAGGGUUUUAUGAUGGAGUUAACAGCUCAUCAAGGACGUGUUGGUAAUGUUUUGCAAGUUGGAAGUCAACUUCUAACAAUGGGAAAACUUUCAGAUGAUGAAGAGAAUGAAAUCCAAGAACAAAUGAAUCUACUUAAUUCUCGAUGGGAAAGUCUCAGGGUAGCAAGUAUGGAAAAACAAAGCAAUUUACAUAAAGUUCUAAUGGAUCUGCAGAAUCAGCAGCUGGCCCACUUAGCUGACUGGCUGACAAAAACAGAAGAAAGGACAAAGAAAAUCGAUUUGGAGCCCCUAGGUCCAGAUCUAGAGGACCUAAAGCGUCAAGUAGAAGAGCAUAAGGCAUUUCAAGAAGAUCUGGAACAGGAACAAGUCAAGGUGAAUUCUCUAACCCAUAUGGUAGUGGUGGUGGAUGAGAACAGUGGAGACAGAGCUACUGCUGCACUGGAAGAGCAGCUUCAGCACUUUGGAAAACGAUGGGCAGCAAUCUGCAGAUGGACGGAAGACCGAUGGGUCCUUCUGCAAGAUAUUCUUCGUAAAUGGCAGCAUUUUGCAGAAGAGCAGUGCCUUUUUGAUGCGUGGCUUACUGAGAAAGAGGAUGCUGUGACCAAAAUUCGUACAACUGGCUUUGAAGAUCAAAAUGAAAUGCUGACCAAUCUAAGCAAAUUAGCUAUCCUAAAAGGAGAUCUAGAAAUGAAAAGGCAAAUGAUGAGUAAGCUGAAGUUGCUCAGUCAAGAUCUCCUUGUAGCUGUGAAAAAUAAAGCAGUGGCUCAAAAGCUGGAGAGUCGUCUUGAAAAUUUUGCCCAGCGCUGGGAUAGUCUUGUGCAGAAGGUGGAGAGCAAUUCCAAACAGAUUUCGCAGGCUGUCACUACCACUCAGACAUCAGUAACACAGACAACUGUAAUGGAAACUGUAACUAUGGUGACCACAAGAGAACAAAUCCUGGUUAAGCAUGCUAAAGAGGAACUCCCACCACCUCCACCCCACAAAAAAAGGCAACUCCUUGUGGAUUCAGAAAUUAGGAAGAGAUUUGACUCUGACACAACAGAGCUCCACAGCUGGAUGACCCGCUCCGAAGCUGUGCUCCAGAGUCCCGAGUUUGCAAUCUUUCGGAAAGAAGGCAAUCUCUCAGAUCUCAGAGAACGAGUCAAUGCCAUCCAGAGAGAAAAGCCUGAGAAGUACAGAAAACUGCAAGAUGCCAGCAGAUCAGCUGAGGCCCUGGUGGAACAGAUGGUGAAUGAGGGCCUGAAUCCUGACAACAUUAGACAAGCCUCAGAGCAGCUGAAGAGCCGCUGGAUUGAGUUCUGUCAGUUGCUGAGUGAAAGACUGGCAUGGCUGGAGUACCAAAAUAACAUCAUUGACUUCUACUCCCAGCUGCAGCAACUGGAGCAGACAACAAUUACUGCAGAAAACUGGCUGAAAGCACAACCCACACCAGCAACAGAUCCUGCUACAGUAAAAACUCAGUUGGAAAAAUGCAAGGAUGAAAUCAUCCGAAUGUCAACCCUUCAACCUCAAAUUGAACGACUAAAGGCUCAAAGUCAAGCACUGAAAGAGAAAGAACAAGGACCAGUGUUUCUGGAUGCUGACCUUGCUGCUUUUACCAGCCAUUUCAAACAAAUAUUUGCUGAUAUGCAUGCCAGAGAAAAGCAGCUACAGACCGUUUGUGACAGUUUGCCUCCCGCACACUACAAAGAGACAAUGAACACUGUACUUUUGUGGAUCCAGCAGUCAGAGACUAAACUCUCCAUGCCUCAGGUUGCAGUUGCUGAAUAUGAAAUUAUGGAGCAGAGACUCAGGGAGCUCAAGGCUCUACAAAGUUCUCUCCAAGAGCAGCAAAAAGGCCUGAACUAUCUCAGCACAACUGUGGAGGAUUUGUCCAGGAAAGCCCCUGCAGAAGUCAGUCAAAGAUACCGAUCAGAGAUUGAGGUGGUCCUUGGCCGCUGGAAGAAACUGUCAGCACAGCUGGUGGAACAUUGUCAGAAACUUGAGGAGCGUAUGACCAAACUCCAGCGAUUCCAGAAUGACACUAAAACACUGAAGAAGUGGAUGGCAGAAGUGGAUGUUUUUCUGAAGGAGGAGUGGCCUGCCCUUGGAGAUUCAGAAGCACUGGAAAAGCAACUUGAGCAAUGUACAGCUUUAGUAAAUGAUAUCCAGACAAUCCAGCCCAGUUUGAACAGCGUUAAUGAGGCUGGGAAGAAAAUGAAGAGUGAAGCAGAGCCAGAAUUUGCUUCCAGAAUAGAAUCAGAACUAAAGGAUCUCAAUGCUCAAUGGGAACACAUUUGCCAACAGGCCUAUGCUAAGAAGGCUGCAUUAAAAGGUGGUUUGGAUAAGACUGUGAGUCUCAGAAAGGAUUUGUCAGAGAUGCAUGAGUGGAUAACACAAGCUGAGGAAGAAUAUCUGGAAAGAGAUUUUGAGUAUAAAACACCUGAAGAAUUGCAGAGAGCUGUUGAGGAACUGAAGAGGGCAAAGGAGGAAGCCAUGCAGAAAGAAGUGAAAGUGAAACUUAUUACAGAUUCUGUUAAUAAUUUUAUAGCAAAGGCUCCACCUGCAGCCCAUGAGGCUUUGAAAAAGGAGCUUGAUGUUCUGAUUACCAGCUACCAGCAACUCUGCAGCAGAUUGAAUGGAAAGUGGAAGACUUUGGAGGAGGUAUGGGCAUGUUGGCGUGAAUUAUUGUCGUAUUUGGAUGCAGAAAAUAAAUGGUUGAAUGAGAUUGAACUGAAACUCAAGGCAACUGAAAAUGUCCAGGGAGGUGCAGAAGAGAUUUCUGAGUCUUUAGAUUCUUUGGAACGUUUAAUGAGACAUCCAGAAGAUAAUCGCAAUCAGAUUCGGGAAUUGGCUCAGACUUUAACAGAUGGUGGAAUCUUGGAUGAAUUGAUCAAUGAGAAACUUGAGAAGUUCAAUACUCGAUGGGAAGAACUUCAGCAGCAGGCCGUGAGAAGACAGAAAAGUCUUGAACAGAGUAUUCAAUCUGCACAGGAGACUGACAAAACCCUGCGCUUAAUCCAAGAGUCUCUCGCUGUUAUUGACAAACAGCUGACAGCCUACACUGCAGACAGAGUGGAUGCAGCACAGGUCCCUCAGGAAGCACAGAAAAUACAAUCUGAAUUAACAAGCCAUGAGAUUAGUUUGGAAGAAAUGAAGAAACGAAACCGGGGUAAAGAUGCUGCCAAAAGAGUGCUUUCCCAAAUUGAUGUGGCACAGAAAAAGCUGCAGGAUGUCUCCAUGAAGUUCCGCUUGUUCCAGAAGCCGGCCAACUUUGAACAGCGCCUACAGGAGUGCAAAAGAAUUUUAGAUGAAGUGAAGUUGCAGGUGCCCAAGUUGGAGACGAAGAGUGUUGAGCAGGAAGUAGUACAAUCACAGUUGGAUCAUUGCAUGAAAUUAUAUAAAAACCUGAGUGAGGUGAAGUCUGAAGUGGAAACAGUAAUAAAAACUGGGAGGCAGAUUGUUCAGAAGCAGCAGACAGAGAACCCCAAGGAACUGGAUGAAAGGCUUACAGCUUUGAAGUUGCAAUAUAAUGAGUUGGGUGCAAAGGUGACAGAAAAGAAGCAAGAGUUGGAGAAAUGCUUGAAAUUGUCCCGGAAACUGCGAAAAGAAAUUAAUUCUCUGACAGAAUGGCUCGCAGCGACAGACGCAGAGCUGACAAAGAGAUCGGCUGCGCAGGGGAUGCCGAGCAAUUUGGAUGCUGAAAUUGCCUGGGGCAAGGCAACACGGAAGGAGAUUGAGAAACGGCAAGUCCAGCUUAAGAGCAUCAGUGAUUUAGGAGAGAAUUUGAAGACAGUGAUGAAAGGAAAGGAAAGCCUGGUGGAGGAUAAACUCAGCCUGCUGAACAGUAACUGGAUUGCGGUAACUUCACGUGCUGAGGAAUGGUUCAAUCUGUUACUGCCCUUCAUUCCUGUGAAGGAAUUGGAGCAAUUUGACUUCGAUAUACAAAAAAUGCUUGAACCACUGGAGGUUGAAAUUCAGCAGGGAGUGAAUCUGAAAGAGGAGGACUUCAAUAAAGAUAUGAGUGAAGAGGAUGAGAGCACAGUGAAAGAAUUGCUGAAAAGGGGCGACAGGCUUCAAAAGGGAGUCACAGACGAGAGAAAACGUGAGGAAAUAAAGACAAAACAACAGCUGUUGCGGACUAAACAUAAUGCCCUCAAGGACUUGAGAUCUCAAAGAAGAAAAAAGGCUUUAGAGAUUUCUCAUCAAUGGUAUCAGUACAAGAGGCAGGCUGAUGACCUAAUGACAUGGCUGGAUGACAUUGAGAAAAAGUUAGCCGGUCUACCAGACCAGAAAGAUGAGCAGAAGCUAAAGGAGAUUGGUGGAGAAUUGGAGAAGAAGAAGGAAGAUCUGAAUGCGGUGCACAGGCAGGCUGAACGCUUGUCUAAGGAUGGGGCUGCAAAAGCAGUGGAGCCAACCCUGAUACAGCUCAGCAAGCGCUGGCAAGAUUUUGAGAGCAAAUUUGCUCAGUUUCGAAGACUCAACUAUGCACAAAUUCAAACAGUUCGUGAAGAUACAACUUUUGUGAUGACUGAAACUGUGACUGUGGAAACCUCUCAUGUGCCUUCUACAUACCUGGCAGAGAUUCUUCACCUUCUGCAAGCCUUGUCCGAAGUAGAAGAGCGCCUUAAUUCUCCUGUUCUGCAGGCUAAGGAUUGUGAGGAUCUCUUCAAACAAGAAGAGUGUCUCAAGAGCAUUAAAGAUAGCCUGGGGAGACUACAGGGUCGUGUAGAAAUUAUUCACAGUAAGAAGACACCGGUUUUGCAAAGUGCUACACCAAAGGAAGCAGCAAAUAUACAAGAAAAGCUAAUUCAACUUAAUUUUCAAUGGGACAAAGUUAACAAGAUGUUCAGGGAGCGGCAGGCACGGUUUGACAAAUCUUUGGAAAAGUGGCAACUUUUUCAUAGUGACAUGAAGAGCUUUAAUCACUGGCUAACUGAAACUGAAGAGAAGCUGGCAAGAGCACAGAUAGAGGCUGGAGACGUGGGGCAUGUGAAAACCAAGCAAUUUAUCCAGGAGCUUCAGGAUGGCAUUGGGCGACAGCAAACUGUUGUCAAAACACUGAAUGUAACUGGUGAAGAGAUUAUUGAGCAGUCAUCAACAGCAGAUGCUAAAGUGCUGAAGGAACAACUGGAAAGUUUGAAUACCCGGUGGCAGGAGAUCUGCAAACAGCUGGUAGAGAAAAAGAAGAGACUAGAGGAAGAAAAGAAUAUUUUAUCAGAAUUUCAAGAGGAUUUGAACAAGUUGAUUUCAUGGUUAGAGGAAGCAGACAGUGUUAUUGGGAUUCCCCUUGAACCAGGGAAUGAAGACCAGUUGAGAGACUGCCUUAGUAAAGUAAAGUUAAGAGUUGAAGAGCUGCCGCCCCACAAGGGAAUACUGAAACGAUUAAAUGAAACUAGAGGAAUAGCACUUGGAAGUGCAUCACUGAAGCCAGACAAAAAACAUAAGCUUGAGAGUACACUGAAGGAGGCUAACCAUCGUUUGUUAAAGGUGUCCAAAGAUCUUCCAGAGAAACAAAAAGAAAUAGAGAUUCUGCUAAAGGAUUUCAUUGAACUUGAUAAACAACUGAAUCAGGUGAUAUUGUGGGUCACGCCUGUCAAGAACCAGCUGGAGCUUUAUAACAGAGAGGGUCAGCCAGGAGCCUUUGAUAUUAAGGAAACUGAAGCAGCAGUGCAGGCUAAACAACCGAAUGUGGAAGAGGUUUUGUCUAAAGGGUGUCAUUUAUAUAAGGAAAAACCAGCUACUCAUCCAGUAAAGAAAAAAUUAGAAGACUUGAAUGCUGACUGGAAGGCGAUACACCACUUAAUUCAACAGCUAAAGGAAAAGCCAGCACUGUCAGCAUUUGGCCAUUUCUCUCCAGGUGUCUUAACUUCUGGUGAAACUGUUGCUGUGGAUACACAAACCAGGGUAACCAAGGAAACCAUCACCUUCAAACCAGAAAUGCCAUCUUCUGUGCUUUUGGAGGUUCCAGCCUUGGCUGACUUCAAUAAGGCAUGGGCAGAGCUCACUGACUGGCUUUCUCGACUGGAUCGAGAGAUAAAAUCUCAGAGAGUGGUAGUAGGUGAUCUUGAUGACAUCAACGACAUGAUCAUCAAACAAAAGGCAAUACUACAGGAUCUGGAGAAAAGACGUCCCCAGCUGGAUGAACUAAUAACUGCAGCACAAAAUCUGAAAAACAAGACGAGCAAUCAAGAGGCCAGAACAAUAAUUACUGACCGCAUUGAAAAGAUACAGAGCCAAUGGGAUGAAGUGCAUGGAUACCUUCAAGGCCGGAGACAGCAGCUUCAUGAGAUGUUAAAGGAUUCAACACAGUGGCUAGAAGCUAAGCAAGAAGCUGAACAGGUUCUUGAACAAGCAAAAACUAAGCUUGAGUCGUGGAAAGAAAUUUCCUACACCGUGGAAGCUCUGAAAAAGCAGAACACUGAGCUUAAGCAAUUUGCAAAAGAAAUACGACAAUGGCAAAUAAAUGUAGAUGUAGCAAAUGACAUGGCACUUAAACUGCUCCGCGAUUAUUCAGCAGAUGACACCAGAAAAGUACAGCUGAUGACAGACAACAUUAAUGCGACGUGGGCUGCCAUUAGUAAAAGGGUUGGCGAGCGUGAAGCAGCACUGGAAUCAGCCCUAAGAAUGUUGCAGCAAUUCUACCUGGAUCUCGAAAAGUUCCUUGCUUGGCUUACAGAAGCUGAAACAACUGCAAAUGUCCUGCAGGAUGCUACACACAAAGAAAAGACACUAGAGGAUGCCAAAAUGGUUCGGGAGCUCAUGAAACAGUGGCAGGAACUACAGGCAGAAAUUGAUGCUCACACUGACAUCUUUCACAGCCUGGAUGAAAACGGGCAGAAAAUCCUGAGGUCCCUUGAAGGCUCUGAAGAUGCAACCCUCUUGCAGAGACGCCUGGAUAACAUGAACCUCAGAUGGAGUGAACUUAGGAAGAAAUCUCUGAACAUUAGAUCCCAUUUGGAAGCCAGUACCGACCAGUGGAAGCGAUUGCAUCUCUCUCUUCAGGAACUUUUAGCGUGGCUGCAGUUGAAAGAGGAUGAAUUAAAACAGCAAGCACCCAUUGGUGGAGAUCUUCCAACUGUGCAGAAACAGAAUGACAUCCAUCGGACUUUCAAGAGGGAGAUAAAAACAAAAGAACCUGUUGUCAGGAGUGCACUUGAGACUGUGCGAAUCUUCCUCGCUGAGCAGCCUGUGGAGGGACUGGAGAAGAUCGGCCCAGAAACAAGAGAUCUGUCACCUGAGGAAAGAGCCCACCAUGUCACUAAACUUCUCCAAAGGCAAGCAGAUGAGGUCAGAACUGAGUGGGAUAAGCUGAAUGUGCAGUCUGCUGAUUGGCAAAAGAAGAUAGAUGAUGCUCUGGAAAGACUGCAGGCCCUUCAAGAGGCAAUGGAUGAACUGGAUCUGAAACUACGCCAGGCUGAAGCAUUCAAGGGAUCCUGGCAGCCAGUGGGGGAUCUGCUAAUUGACUCUCUGCAGGAUCAUUUAGAAAAAGUCAAGGUUUAUCGAGCAGAACUUGUACCCCUUAAAGAAAAGGUGCAUCAAGUCAAUGACCUCGCUCACCGGUUCACUCCCUCCGAUAUCCAUCUCUCCCAGUACAAUCUCAGCUGUGUGGAAGACCUGAACACAAGAUGGAAGGUGCUACAGGUGGCCAUUGAUGAGCGCAUCAGGCAACUGCAUGAAGCUCACAGGGAUUUUGGCCCUACUUCCCAGCAUUUUCUUACCACUUCUGUCCAAGGCCCCUGGGAGAGGGCAAUCUCACCAAACAAAGUGCCGUAUUAUAUCAACCAUGAGACGCAAACGACCUGCUGGGAUCAUCCCAAGAUGACUGAGCUUUACCAGUCAUUAGCUGACCUGAACAACGUCAGGUUCUCGGCGUACAGGACUGCCAUGAAACUCCGCAGGCUGCAGAAAGCCCUCUGCUUGGAUCUCCUGAGUCUGUCUGCUGCAUGUGAUGCCUUGGACCAGCACAACCUCAAACAAAAUGACCAGCCAAUGGACAUUCUGCAGAUCAUUAACUGCCUGACCACCAUUUACGAUCGACUGGAACAAGAGCACAAUAACCUGGUCACUGUUCCCCUUUGUGUGGACAUGUGCCUCAACUGGCUGCUGAAUGUCUACGACACGGGUCGAACAGGAAGGAUCCGUGUCUUAUCUUUCAAAACUGGUGUUGUAUCCCUUUGUAAAGCACACCUGGAAGAUAAAUAUAGAUACCUGUUCAAGCAAGUGGCGAGCUCCACUGGCUUCUGUGACCAGCGCCGGCUGGGGCUGCUGCUGCACGACUCCAUCCAGAUCCCGCGGCAGCUGGGGGAAGUGGCCUCCUUCGGGGGCAGCAACAUCGAGCCCAGCGUCAGAAGCUGCUUCCAGUUUGCCAACAACAAACCAGAGAUCGAAGCAGCCCUCUUCCUGGACUGGAUGAGGCUGGAACCUCAGUCCAUGGUGUGGCUGCCUGUCCUGCACAGGGUGGCUGCUGCCGAGACUGCCAAACACCAGGCAAAGUGUAACAUCUGUAAGGAGUGCCCCAUUAUUGGAUUCAGGUACAGAAGUUUAAAGCACUUUAACUAUGACAUCUGCCAAAGUUGCUUCUUCUCUGGCCGUGUUGCAAAAGGUCACAAAAUGCACUAUCCCAUGGUGGAAUACUGCACACCAACAACUUCAGGAGAAGACGUCCGUGACUUUGCCAAGGUACUAAAAAACAAAUUUCGAACAAAAAGAUAUUUUGCAAAGCACCCACGAAUGGGCUACCUGCCUGUGCAAACUGUCUUGGAGGGAGACAACAUGGAAACUCCUGUUACUCUGAUCAACUUCUGGCCAGUAGAUUCUGCGCCUGCCUCGUCCCCUCAGCUCUCACACGAUGAUACUCAUUCACGCAUUGAACAUUAUGCUAGCAGGCUAGCAGAAAUGGAGAACACCAAUGGUUCUUAUCUAAAUGACAGUAUUUCACCUAAUGAGAGCAUCGAUGAUGAACACUUGUUAAUCCAGCACUACUGCCAAAGUCUGAACCAGGAGUCCCCACUGAGCCAGCCCCGAAGCCCUGCCCAGAUCCUGAUUUCUCUGGAGAGUGAGGAAAGAGGAGAACUGGAGAGAAUCCUCGCAGACCUGGAGGAGGAAAACAGAAACCUGCAAGCAGAGUAUGACCGUCUGAAGCAGCAGCAUGACCACAAAGGACUGUCUCCACUGCCGUCCCCGCCGGAGAUGAUGCCGGUGUCUCCGCAAAGCCCCCGGGAUGCUGAGCUCAUUGCAGAAGCCAAGCUGCUUCGCCAGCACAAGGGCCGCCUGGAAGCCAGGAUGCAGAUCCUGGAGGAUCACAACAAACAGCUGGAAUCACAGCUGCACAGGCUGAGGCAGCUGCUGGAGCAGCCACAGGCGGAUGCCAAGGUGAAUGGUACAACACUAUCAUCUCCUUCUACCUCUUUGCAGAGGUCAGGCAGCAGUCAGCCAAUGCUUCUUCGUGUAGUUGGCAGCCAGACUUCAGAAACUAUGGGUGAGGAUGAGCUGCUCAGCCCUCCCCAGGACACAAGCACAGGUUUGGAGGAAGUGAUGGAGCAGCUGAACAACUCCUUUCCCAGCUCCAGAGGAAGAAAUGCCCCUGGAAAGCCAGUGAGAGAGGCCACAAUGUAGGGAGCCUUUUCCACAUGGCAGACGACUUGGGAAGAGCGAUGGAAACCUUAGUGACAGUGAUGACCGAUGACAAGGUGUUAGAAUAGCAAGAUGUGUUUUACAACUUCAGGCGUUCCGCAUGGUUUUUAUAAUAUUCAUACUACAAAGAGGAUUAGACUGUAAGAGUUUACAAGAAAACAAAUCUAUAUUUUUGUGAAGGGUAGUGGUACUAUACUGUAGAUUUCAGUAGUUUCCUAAGUCUGUUACUGUUUUGUUAACAAUGGCAGGUUUUACACGUCUAUGCAAUUGUACAAAAAUUAUAAGAAAACUACAUGUAAAAUCUUGAUAGCUAAAUAACUUGCCAUUUCUUUAUAUGGAACGCAUUUCGGGUUGUUUAAAAAAAAUUUAUAACAGUUAUAAUGAAAGAUUGUAAACUAAAGUGUGCUUUAUAAAAAUAAUUGUUUAUAGAAACCCCCUUAAAAAAACCACAAAAAAAAAUAUACUGAGGCAGUGCAUUUGUUUAGUUUCAUUUCAGCUCUGUAACUGCAUCAGAGAGAUUCAUGUCCUGUGUUCUUUUCCUUGCCUAACAAAAAGUAAAAAAAAAAGUAUUUCCUGAAGUGACACCAAAAUGGCCAACUUACAUUUCUCAUUGGUUUUGUCUGACUAGGGCUGGCUUAAAAAAAACCCAAAAAACGAAAAACACAAAACUGAACUUCCAAUGAAGGUAGUUAUGUCAUAUCUUUCCAAUAAAAUUAAGAAUUACAUGAAUUACUGUCCUGCUUUCGGACAGCAACUAGCAAUUACACAGCUAGUUUGCAAUAAUUAAAUGAAAGAGCACAUUACAUGACAGAGCCUGCAAAAAAAAUUAAUUAAAAAAAAAAAAAAAAA